GCUACUUAAUUAAUUAUCAAACAAAGCAAAACCUAAGAAAUGGCUAACAGUCUAAGAGUCAUUUUUACUCUCUUCCUUCACUUGCUUAUGAUUACGCCCUUCAUCAUCCAUGGUGUAAGUGGGCAUUAUGCCCUAAAUAUAGGGUUUUACUCAGAAUUAUGUCCACAAGCCGAGUCCAUAACAAAGAGGGUUAUCAAUGAAGUAAUCGCGAUUGCACCUUCUCUUUCAGGGCCUUUGUUAAGAAUGUUCUUUCAUGAUUGCUUUGUGAGGGGGUGUGAUGCGUCCAUUCUUUUGAACUCCCCAAUCAAACAAGCUGAAAAGGAUGCAACUCCAAAUCUUACCCUAAGAGGGUUUCAAAUUAUCGACAGAGUUAAAGAUGCGUUAGAGCAAGCUUGUCCUGGAAUUGUUUCAUGUGCCGAUAUAGUAGCUUUAGUAGCUAGAGAUGCUGUGGCAGCAGUGGGUGGACCGCAUUGGGAGGUCGAAACCGGAAGAAGAGACGGUAUCAUAUCAUCCCUCAAUGAGGCACUAACUACUCUUCCAUCAUCAUCAUUGAACAUAAACUCUCUUAUAACAAUGUUUCAACAAAAAGGACUUACUCAUAAAGAUCUUGUUGUCCUUUCAGCUGGACACACAAUCGGAAUAUCUCAUUGCUCGUCUUUCAUAAAUCGUCUAUACAAUUUUUCCGUCAUAGAUAACACCUCCGAUCCAACCCUAGAUUCCGAGUACAUGGACAAGUUAAAAACGAGGUGCACGAAAGACGGUCCUAAUGUGUUAGUGGAAAUGGACCCUGGAAGCUUCAGGACUUUCGACGAGCAUUACUACGAGCUUGUGUCGAAGAGAAGAGGGUUAUUCCGAUCUGACGCUGCUUUACUUGAUAAUCCCGAAACCAAAGCUUAUGUUGAGACCCAUAGAUAUGGGAAUCGAGAAGCUUUCUUUCGAGAUUUUGGAGUGUCAAUGGUAAAUAUGGGUAGGAUAGAGGUCCUAACUGGUAAUUUUGGUGAAGUUAGGAAAAUUUGCUCCAAGGUUAACUCACUAUAACUAAAAUGCAUAGGCAAAUGCAUUUUGGUUUCCUGCAUCUUUUUGGAACUUUGAGAGUUAUUUGACCGCUACCUCUGCCGCUCUGAACUUGUAAUAUUAGACGCUAAAAGGUCGAGAAUCAUUUUGAAAAGACUUCCUCUAAAAUGGAAUUAUACUUUACUUAUAGAAAGAUGAUAAUUGAUACUUUCUCUGUUCUUAUUUACAUAACAUAAUUGGGUUUUUGACACUAUUUACACAAGCUACUUUAACUUCCUUUUGUGAUUUAUAUUUAACAAAAAAAAAAAAAUUAGUCGUGUGUCUCAAUAAAUAUGUUUUAAAUAUCAAAUUCUUAUAAUUUUUUCUUAUCCAUAAUGGAAAAAUAUUAACGUUUGAAAU